AUGGAUAACAACAAUGAUAAUGACAUGAUAGUCCGCACAGAUUCAGAAUCUGAGGCGGAAGCGCAACCGCGGUCGGUGGCAAGGUCACAGCCAAGCAGAGCUACGACCGCCACGAUCGCCAGACACCCAAUUCCAUCCCGGGAAGAGCUCAACGCGGCUAUGACCAUCAUGCAAAACUUCCUCUUCAACGAGAAGGAGCAAGGAUUGGGUUUAUUCAUAGAUAAAGAUGGGGCGGUGUUGGAAUUAGAGAAUGGUGGUGGUGGUGGUGGCGGUCGUGGUGGGGUGGAGCAGGGGAGCAAAGUGGUGACCUUUUCUCUGAGUUGUUCAUUUGACGUUCACUUAUUGUUGGAUGCCACAGAUUACUACGGAAAAGCUGUGCAGUUGAAUUGGAAUAGUCCCCAGGCGCUUAACAACUGGGGACUUGCACUGCAGGAACUCAGUGCGAUAGUCCCUGCUAAGGAAAAGCAUAACAUUGUUAAGACGGCAAUUAGUAAGUUCCGUGCAGCAAUUCAGUUGCAGUUUGACUUUCAUAGGGCUAUUUACAACCUCGGAACUGUUUUGUAUGGCUUAGCCGAGGACUUGCUAAGAAUCGGGGGAUCAGUCAGCCAUAAUGAUAUUUCGCCCAAUGACUUGUAUAGUCAGUGCGCUGUCUAUAUUGCAGCUGCUCACGCAUUGAAGCCAAAUUACUCGGUCUACCGCAGUGCACUGAGGCUAGUCCGUUCUAUGCUUCCUUUGCCCUAUCUUAAAGUGGGAUAUCUGACGGCUCCACCUCCAGGAAAUCCAAUAGGCCCCCAUAGUGAUUGGAAGCGGACACAAUUUGUCCUUAACCAUGAGGGUCUUUAUCAGAUUGUAUCCGAACAAAAGACAUCACGGCAGAGUCUUUCUAGCAAGCAAGUAGAUGGGCCAAAUAUAAAAAAUAGAGCCGUCAAAGUUGACAUCCCUGACAUUGUUUCAGUGUCAGCAUCUGCUGAUCUUACUUUACCACCUGGGGCUGGACUCUUCAUUGACACAAUACACGGACCUGUAUACUUGGUAGCUGACUCGUGGGAAUCUUUGGAUGGUUGGCUGGAUGCAAUUCGUUUAGUUUACACAAUUUUUGCUCGAGGUCUACACUCCGAGGAUUGCGCCUUAUGCGAGGAAUUUGAUGUGGUUCGUGAGCAAUGGGCUAAGUUUUUUACCAACAAGUAUUUAUUAUUGGCUUUAGCGCGCUUGAUCGAGUUGGUUUAGUUGUUAUAGAAUAAAUUUUAUAUUAAAAUGUAUGUUUAUGUUGAAAUUGGAACAUAUAUUU